AAGUUAAGGGCGAUUGUCUGUCAGAUUCUGUGCGCUGUCAGAUUUAGUAAAGGGGGCAGAAGUGAUGGCUAGGGUGGAGGUGGCACCGCUCCGACCGUGGACCGACUUCUUUCCGGGCUCAAAUAGAUUCGCAAAACCAGACAAAGAUUUUACGAAAUGGAACAACAGAGUCGUCAGCAACCUGCUUUAUUAUCAAACUAAUUAUCUGUCUUUGGUCACCUCCGUUUUCCUCCUCGUCGGGAUCCUGAAACCUCUGGAGACGCUCAUAGCCAUAGUCGUGGUGUCGGUCGUGUUCGUGGUUUCGGUGUGGGUGGGGGAGAACGGAGCUGCGAUCAACAACUUUAAGAAGCAGAAACCUUCAGCGUUCAUCAUUUUGAUCAUGGUUACCAGCUGCAUAUUGAUUUCCAUGCUGGGGAGCAUCUUGGUAUUCAUGUGGGCCAUCACUUUACCCCUGACUUUAAUAUUUGCACAUGCUUCAUGUCGCAAACGCAAUAUGCAGAAUAAGCUGGAGAACAAGAUGGAUGGAUUUGGACUGAAGAAGACGUUUAUGGGCAUUCUGCUGGAUUCUCUGGGUCAGCAGGAGGAAACCAUUCAAAAGAUAAACAACUUUCUGAAUUAAAAGUUAAAGAGUGACUGGAUUUGAGAAGAACCAAAUGCACAUCUGUGCGCCAAAGAUUUUGACUUUUUUUUUUUUUUUAAUUUUGCUUAGAUUUCAUACGUUUGUCUCUCUCAGUCUAAACCCCUUGAAGUUUCAUGCACAGCUUGUGAUUUAAAAUGAAAGAUUGUUACCUCA